UCCGGUUUGUGCUCUGUGGUAUUUUUAUGAUGGCCGCCGUUGUGCUAGGAUUUGUUGUCAUCAGAAAAUUGUGAACUUUGUUGCUUAGCACUCGCAUACAAGUGUUAUCCGUAUUUUUGGCACCUUUAAUUUUUAAUCAUAAGUAUUUAGCUUAGUAAAAUGACUGAAGUCGAAGAGUUCAAUCAGCAGAAGCCUGGGAAAACGAGUAAACAGCACAAUGUAUUACCAAUAUGGGGUAAUGAACAAACUAUGAAUCUGAACCCUUUAAUAUUAGCAAAUAUCCAAGGUUCUAGCUACUUCAAAGUGCACCUAUUCAAGUUGAAGACAUACCAUGAAGUCGUUGACGAGAUCUACUAUCAGGUGAAGCACUUGGAGCCAUGGGAGCGCGGAAGUCGCAAGACUGCAGGCCAAACUGGCAUGUGUGGCGGCGUGCGAGGUGUGGGUGCUGGAGGGAUAGUGUCCACUGCAUUCUGCCUGCUGUACAAGCUGUACACGCUGCGGCUCACACGCAAGCAGGUCAAUGGCCUCCUACAGCACUCGGAUUCUCCUUACAUCAGAGCUCUUGGUUUCAUGUAUAUUCGUUACACUCAACCGCCUGCAGACCUGUUUGACUGGUACGCCGAGUACCUGGAUGAUGAAGAAGAAGUGGACCCUCGUGCAGGAGGUGGGGGCAGCACAACGAUAGGAUCGCUCGUGCGUCAAAUGCUCAUAAAACUGGACUGGUUCAGCACACUCUUCCCAAGGAUACCUGUGCCGAUACAAAAACAAAUUGAAUUCAAGCUAGGGGAGCACAACAGGCAGUCGGCGGCUGCGAAGCCGGCGCCGGCCCGCGGCGGCGGCAGCGGCAACAACUACAAUCCGGCGCGCGUGGACUCCGACCGCCGGGAGCACGACGACAGGGACCGGCGUGACUACGGAGACGCGGAAAACAGAUAUUCCAAAGACAGGACAAAACGUGACGACAGGGAUAGAGACCGUGACCGUGAAAGAGACAGACGUGACCGCGACCGGGACCGUGACCGCGACCGCCGAGACCGCUACCGCGAGCGGUCCCGCUCCAAAGACCGCCACCGCCAUCGGUCGCGCUCCAGAGACCGUCGCUAUAGAUAAUGAUAAGCUUACGCAUUGAAUAAUGUUGCAAUAACUUUGUGUCCUGAUAAAAGAAUAUCUGAUGUUCGCUAA